AUCGGGAGCGGCGCAGAGAAAUUUCCUUACUAGAUGACAUUUCAUCGCAAUGUCCGAUCGUUUGGGGCAAAUAACCAAGGGAAAGGAUGGGAAAAGCAAGUACUCGACUCUCAGCCUGUUUGAUAAGUAUAAAGGAAAGUCAAUAGAAGCUAUCAGAACUACAGUUAUUCCUAGACAUGGCUUACAGAGUCUUGGGAAAGUUGCUGCUGCCCGGCGCAUGCCACCUCCUGCAAAUUUGCCUAGCUUGAAGUCUGAGAACAAAGGAAACGACCCCAACAUCAUUAUAGUACCCAAGGACGGUACAGGAUGGGCAAACAAGCAGGAUCAGCCAGACCAAAAGAGUUCCAGUGCGAUGGCUGCACAGCUGCAGGAGUCGCUGCCGCAGCAGGGUUUGCAGAAAUCUGUCUCCAAUUUACAGAAGCCGACACAGUCAAUCAAUCAGGAGAGUACAAAUUCAGUGCCAGGUGGACCAAAGUCAUGGGCACAGCUGAAUGGAAAGCCAGCAGGACAAGAAGGUGGUUCAAGGGCCUCAAGCCGACUGUUAUCCUUCUCUCCCGAGGAAUUUCCGACGCUGAAAGCAGCUGGCGAGCAGGACAAGGUUGGCAAAGAAAAGGGCGCCUUAGAUCCGUCGUAUGGGCCAGGACCAAGCCUCCGCCCCCAGAAUGUCACCAGUUGGAGGGAGGGCGGUGGGAGGAACGUCACCUCUGCCACAUCUCUGACCGCCUCCCCUGCUGAGCUGGGCAGCAAGAGCUCGAGCACUGGAGACGGGGCCCCCUCCUCCGCGAGCGCCGGCGAUGCCAAGGAGCCGGCUCUGCGCCCAGCCCAGCCCGUCCGCAAAGGGGCCUCGCAGUUCAUGGGAAACGUCUACCAGCCUCCCACGUACCAUGACAUGCUGCCUGCUUUUAUGUGUCCACAACAGCCAUCUGAGACCCCUGCAUCGCUGGACCGAGGGUCUUUCCCUGUUCCUCAGCUUCACCUUGAGCCCCGGGUACCUUUCAGACAAUUCCAGAUGAAUGACCAGGAUGGAAAAGAGAACAGGCUCAGCCUGUCUCGCCCAACACGCCCAGUUCGGCAGCCGAUGGAGCGAGUGCCUCGGCCCACCAUCAUCAACGCGGAGAACCUGAAGGGGCUGGAUGAGCUGGACAAUGAUGCGGAUGAUGGAUGGGCAGGCAUUCAUGAUGAAGUGGAUUACUCUGAGAAACUAAAGUUUAGUGAAGAUGAAGAAGAGGAAGAAACUCUUAAAGAUGGACGACAAAAGUGGAACAACUGGGAUCCCAGAAGGCAGCGACAGUUGUCCCUGAGCUCUGCAGACAGUGCAGAUGUCAAGCACACCUUGGAGGAGGGAAAGAAUUGGAAUGAUUCAGUCGGCUUGUCCCGGCCAGUCCGGAAAGCGCAGGAUUCGCAGCAGCCUCCGAGGAAGCUGAAUGGCUGGAGCUCUGCCUCAGAAUACCAGAAGCCAGCGCUGGGAAGUGUUCUCAGACAGCAGUCCCUCGAGGAUAAAGAAGAAAAGGUGCCUGUGAGACAGAAGUUUGUGCACUCUGAGAUCUCUGAGGCUGUUGAGAGAGCCAGGAGGCGACGGGAGGAAGAGGAGCGGCGAGCCAGGGAGGAGCGGCUGGCAGCUUGUGCUGCAAAGCUCAAGCAGCUUGAUCAGAAAUGCAAACUGGCUCAGAAGAGUGGGGAGACACAGAAACACACAGAGAAUGAAGAUGUGCGACCUCCCAGCACAGAGAAAAACACUGCACCAGAGAAUGGCCACGCUUUCCGUAAAGCAACCCCUGAGUUUCACACACAGGAUGCUUCUGUUUGCUAUCUGGAAGAGGAGAAUCCUGCUCCAGCAGCAGCAGCCCAAAGCAGCAGUGAGGAGGAGCUCAGAGAAGCUCCCUCACCAGCACAAGAAUUCAGCAAAUACCAGAAGUCUCUUCCCCCACGAUUCCAAAGGCAGCAGCAGCAGCAACAGCAACAGGAGCAGCUGUACAAGAUGCAGCACUGGCAGCAGCAGGUCUAUCCUCCCCCGUCGCACUCCCAUCCCCAGCGGACGUUCUACCCGCCGCCCCCGCAGAUGCUCGGCUUCGAUCCCCGCUGGAUGAUGAUGCCCUCCUACAUGGACCCUCGCAUGGCCCAGAGUCGCACCCCCGUGGAUUUCUACCCCUCAGCCCUUCACCCUUCAGGAAUUAUGAAGCCCAUGAUUCAGCAGGACUCCAUUGGUGGGAGCAGCUGUCGGUCUGAAGAUCAGAACUGUCAGGCAGGGCAGGCAGAGAGGAAAACUGCUCCCUUGGAUCCUGUGCCAGUGUGGGGCCAGGACAGCUACACAUCCCUGCAGAGCAAAGGAUAUUCCCUGUCACAUCAAAAACAGGCUGACAACAUGAGCAUGGAGGGGCUGCAUGCCAGGAAUGAAAGUUACUCUGCUUCUGGAAGGCCAGAGAGUCUGAGCACUCAGCGAGAUCUCUUUGAGGAGAGAGGGGAGGAGUAUUUGAAUGCUUUUGACAAGAAGGCCCAAGCAGACUUUGACAGCUGCCUGUCUUCUCAGAGGAUAGGCCAGGAUCUCUUGUUCCAGCAUCAGGAGAGUGUGCAGGAAGCCUGUCCCGCUGGCAGCCGCCAUGCAAACCUGAGGUGCUCACCCCUCGAGCCUGAUUUUAUGCAAGCGGAGAAGAAGCCUGAAUAUAAUGGUUGGGAUAUCAGCCACCAUCAGAAACCUGCGGAGACAGCAGCAGAAGCUGCUGAAGAAGUGCCCCGGGAUGAGCAGUCGUUCAGUGCUGACCCAUGGAAGAAAGAGGGAGCCAAUACCAAACAGGCCACUGAAGAGACACCAGAAUGGGCUCCUGAGAGCCGCAGCACCAGCGGGCAGCACCAGGAGCAGAUGGGGAGGACAAGGCGGUCAGGCCCCAUUAAAAAACCAGUCCUGAAAGCCCUCAAGGUGGAAGAGAAGGAGAAAGAGAUGGAGAAGGUUAAACUGGAGGGAGAGGACAGCUCACGGCCGCUGAAGGAGAAGGCAGCUGCUCAGAAGGUAGAAAAUGAGUCAGAUGACUCUGCUGCCUUGCUGAACUCCACACGCUACCUGCUGGAUGACAAAGGUUCUUCCCAAACCAGCCUUGCACGGGAGGCUGAGAAAUCCCAAGAGGAAGAAGAGGAGGAGGAGGAGGAAGAAGAGAAGCCAGAAAGAACCUGGGAGAGCAAACUAUCCAAAGAGAGCAGCGAUCUCCCUCCCACAAAAAGAAACAACUGGAUCUUCAUUGAUGAGGAGCAAGCCUUCGGUGGCAGAGGCCAAGGGCGUGGGCGAGGGAGAGGCUUCAGAGAGUUCACUUUCAGAGGCCGAGGCACGGUGGUGAGCAGCAGGGGGGUCUACAACAACAACCAGAGGAGCAGCCGGGGCCGAGGGCUCCGGGAGUUCAACCAGCCAGAGGACUUCCCCAGAGGCAAACCCCGGCGCCGGAUUGCCAGCGAGACACACAGUGAGGGGUCAGAGUACGAGGAGCUCCCCAAGCGUCGCCGGCAGAGGGGCUCGGAGAACAGCAAUGAAGGCUCUGUGCUGGACAGGGAGGACAGUGAUUUGAAAAAGGGAGAUUUCAAAGAGUCUUGGAGGUCCAACAAAAUCUAUUCAGAUGAUCACAAUAGCCUGGAUCCUAAGAUGAGGGCUCCAAGAGCCUUUGGGAGAUCACUGCCACCAAGGCUGAGCAACUCUGGCUAUGGGCGAAGGGGGUUCAUGGGUAAGGAGCCCACCCAGUGGCAAGGCAGGAGUGGGGGAGGAGGCUGGCAGGAGUACGGCCACACGUCUCCGUCAGACACUUUUGGGAGCAGGCAGCAGUCUGACAGGGACUACAUUCAGGAUUCUUACAAACACACGGAUUCCUUCUCCAGCCGGGUUUUUGAUGAGAGUCAUCUGGAUGACAAAAGGCACUUUUUCCAGGAGGAUUACUCAGCAGAUCAGGAGAACAUCGAGAACAGGCCCUUCAGGAGGCGACGUCCUCCCCGCCAGGACAAACCCCCACGCUUCAGGCGCCUCAGGCAGGAGAGGGAAUCAGUUGGGCAGUGGAACCCCGAGGAGGGAGGCCCUAAUCUGCUGCCCAGCCAGUGGCCAGGCAGAGCCAAGCUGAGCAGUGCAGAGAAGAGCACCAUCUCCGGCAGACGCUCUCCUGAGCUGUCCUACCAGAACUCUUCAGACCAUGCCAAUGAGGAGUGGGAGACGGCAUCUGAGAGCAGUGACUUCAGCGAGCGGCGGGACAGAAGAGAUGGAGUUCCAGAGAGUGAGGGCCAGCUGGAAGGUGGCCUUGGCACUGGGAGCUUGGGAGAGAAGAGGGAACUGGCAAAGAGGAGCUUCUCAAGCCAGAGGCCGCUGGUGGACAGGCAGAGCCGCAAGGCUGAGCCAGCAGGGUUUGCAGAGCAGUCUGUCAGGACUGGUGUGGGAGCAGCUUCCAGAUAUGAGAGCCAGCAGAAUGGGACCCUGAUAAAGAGCAAAAGGUCUCCAGAGGAAGGAGGAGGCCUUGGCAACACCAGUGGUGGGAGCAGCCACUCCAUUUAUAGCUUGGAUAGGGCCUCCCACGUGAACUCAGAGAAUGCAGAGGGGCCAGGUAAAAAGCCAGAGAAGGAGCACAAAUCCACUGCACAAAGAGCAAGUGAGAAGGGAGAGGCCUUGUCACAGUUUGAACUGAGUUAUGGAAGUACCAUUAUUGAUAAUCGGGUCUCAAACACAGCAGAAGAGAAUGAAGUUGGUUCCAUGACAGGGGAAGGCUUCAUUGAGGUUCUUACUAAAAAGCAGCGUCGUCUGCUGGAAGAGGAGCGAAGGAAGAAGGAGCAGGCUGCUCAGGCACCAGCCAAGGCCCGCGUCCUGCAGUCGCGCAUUCCGCCGCGAUUCGCUAAGAAGCAGAACAGCCUGUGCUUGGAGCAGAGUGAUGUGACAGUGGCUGGAAACAGCCUGGGCACAGAGAUCUGGGAGAGCAACAGCCCAGCACUUUCUGUUCAGUCUCCUGGCAGUGAUUCCUGGAGCAAGCCUGUAAAUACCUUUAAUGGUACUGAGUCUAGCACUGAGCAGGGAUUUAAGGGCAGCCAGGGGGACAGUGGCAUUGACUUGAGUGCGGAGUCUCGGGAGUCCUCUGCCACCUCCUCUCAGCGCAGCUCUCCAUAUGGCACCCUCAAACCAGAGGAGAUGAAUGGGGCUGGCCUGGUGGACCCAAAGCCUGACUGCCAGAAGGAGCAAGUGCAGAAGCAAACUGAUAAAAAGGAUUCAGAUCAAGGCUCAGGACAGAACAAGGAACACAAGCCUGGACCAAUCGGCAACGAACGCUCCCUGAAAAACAGAAAGGGUUCGGAGGGAACGGAACGGCUGGAAGGGAAUAUUCCCCCUGUCAAUGGGGUGGAAAUUCACGUGGAUUCUGUACUUCCUGUGCCACCCAUUGAAUUUGGAGUAAAUCCUAAAGACUCUGACUUCAGCUUGCCACCUGGUUCUGCCUCUGGCACUGCAGCUAACCCUGUCACCAAAUUGCAGGAUGCCUUGGCCAGUAAUGCAGGGUUAACACAGUCCAUUCCCAUCCUGCGAAGGGAUCAUCACCUCCAGCGCUGCAUCGGCCUGAACCCCAUGUCCUUCCCCACUGCAGACCUUACUCUUAAGAUGGAGUCUGCUCGUAAAGCUUGGGAAAACUCUCCGAGUUUACCAGAACAGAACUCCCCAGGAGGUGCAGGCUCAGGCAUCCAGCCUCCUUCCAGUGUUGGAGCUUCCAAUGGUGUCAGCUACAGCUCUUUUGGUGGAGUUUCUAUGCCUCCUAUGCCUGUGGCAUCUGUAGCACCUUCUGCAUCUAUUCCAGGUAACCAUAUUCCACCCCUGUAUCUGGAUGGCCACGUGUUUGCAAGUCAGCCCCGCCUGGUCCCUCAGACGAUACCUCAGCAGCAGAGCUACCAACAGGCUGCUGCUGCUCAACAGAUUCCCAUCUCCCUCCACACAUCCUUACAGGCCCAAGCUCAGCUUGGACUGAGGGGUGGUCUGCCUGUUUCCCAGUCCCAGGAGAUGUACAGCUCCAUACAGCCCUUCAGGUCUCAGGUGUACAUGCACCCCAGUCUGUCCCAGCCCAGCACCAUGGUCCUGACAGGAGGCACUGCUCUGAAGCCUCCAUAUUCCGCCUUCCCAGGCAUGCAGCCCUUGGAGGUGGUGAAAACCCAGUCUGGGUCCCCCUAUCAGCCCAUGAACGGCAGCCAGGCACUGGUUUAUGAGGGGCAGAUAAACCAGGCUGGUAUGGGAGCCUCCCAGAUGAUGGACUCUCAGCUCACACAGCUGACAAUGCCUGUGCCUGGCUCCCAGCUGCCUCUGCCCCGCUACGGCUCUGGCCAGCAGCCCCUGCUUCUGCCACAGUCCAUCCAGCUUCCUCAGGGGCAAAACCUGCCUGUAGGAGCUCCCCGAAGAAUCCUCCCUCCUGGAUCCCAGCCUUCUGUUCUUGCUGCCAGCAGGGAGUCCUCCCAGAUGGAAAUGAAAGGGUUUCAUUUCUCCGAUGGUAAACAGAGCAUGUCCUCCGGAGGGUCUGUACCAUCCCCACACACGUACAGGCCUAGCUCUGCCAGCCCCAGCGGGAAGCCGUCGGGACCAGCAGUGAGCAUGGGCUCUGUGCAAGGACACUACGUACAACAGGCAAAGCAGCGGGUGGAUGAUAACAAAGCCAAUCUGGGAGCAGUGAAACUGCAAGAAACAGCCUCCACAAGCCAGAUGAAGCCAGUGCGCACAGGAGCGAUCAAACCUCAGGCAGUCAAAGUGGAGGAGAGCAAGGCCUAGGAGCACCUCUGAUGCCCAGCUGGUCCUGCUGCCUGAGAGGCACCACAGCUUAGACUGGACCCCACUGGAUCUCCUGAAAAUCUCACCAGAUCUAUCCCCACCCCACACUGACUGACUACAGUGACAUCAUUCAAGCCCCUCUCCCAACAAAGCAGUUUGAAACAGUGGAUGUGACAUUGACCUGCUUGCUUUAAAACAAACCGAUCAUGUGACUUUUAAGUGGCUUUAGCCAUUUUUUUUUUUUUAUUUUCCCCCUCCCCGUGCCCCAUCCACAGGUAGCUGUGAUUGCUCACUUGGCAAAGCCCGUCCUUCUCCUUACAUACUUCUGUCUCAGCAGAGUGGCAACUGGGGGAGAGGGGUUUAGUUUGAGGUUUUUCAUUUUAAAGGCAGCUGAGGUUUUUACAAAAAAGCUGUGUCUUUGUUUAUAGCAGAACUUUUAUAUGUUCUCUCAUUCCCCCCUUCUUUCUGCUUUCCUCAUUCCUUUCAGAAGAGAAUUCCUUUCAGCUAAAAUGAUGUUCUGACAAAACUCUGCUUAGUUUUGUAUAUGGUUCUGUGCUAUGUUGAGAGUUCAAGUUUGUUUGGGUGUAUUUCCCCAGAUGAUUUAGCUUUUCAGACUAUUUGAUUAAAAAAAACCAGGACAUUUAUGACAUUUGUUACUUUUUCUAGUACUUUUGUUUUAAGCUAGAAGUAAUGCUUGCAUUAGGAGGAAAUGUGUACUAAAGACACGUAGUGCAUCGGUACAUAAAUCCUGAAACUUGCACCACUUCAACACAGCUUUGGGGUGCUUCAUGCACAACAAAAUUCGGCAUUUUCAUUUUAAGGAAAAAAAUCCAAACCACCAGAUUUCUGUUGCAAGCUCCUACAGAUCUAGGUGUUUUAUUUUUCCUUUUUGUGGGUUUCAGAUGUUUUUUUAGUGACUGCAAAUCUCACGCCAAAAUGUAAAUCAUAGAUUUACAAAAUGUAACAUUUGUUAGGAUGAAAAAAAUUCUCCUCACAGCACAUGGGUCAGAAGAGUUGGCUCUAGAGCCAACGGGUCUGUAUGGACUACUUUUUGUAGUUGUGAUGCUCUCUCAUGCUCCCUGUCUUGGCUGCUCGAAUUCUUCGUGUCUCCUGAGACUUGUCCUAUAUUGUUCAUCCCUUGGGGUUGCUCCCCUAAGCUUUGCUCUUUUCCCUGAGUCUUGCUUUCUGUUCCUCUGUUCCACGGCCUUUUGUAAAAUUUGCGUAGAAAUCCGUUGGUAAGGGAGCCCCCUCUGCAAGGCACACUCGGAACCUCCCGAUUUGGGUUGGAAGCGCGUGGUUACAGAGGCAGGUUGGAAUCAUCCUUCUCCUCUCCUUCCCCAGGUGAACAGCAAAGGGUUCUUUACUCUGAUGCAGUUGCAUAUAGUGUGUGUACAGCAUCGUCACCUCACCACUCCUCUCCAGUAUUUGAUGAUCUACACAAGGAAGAUCCCAGUGGGAGAGGUUGGGUUUUAUUUCUUUGGCUGUUUGGUUUUGGUUUGUGUGCGUGUGUGUGUGCGCGCGUGUGUACGUAGAUUUUUUAGGACGGACUUAAAAGUUCCUGAAAGGGCUUGGAGUCCUUCACCUGAUGGUAGUCUAAAGUAAAAACUACUUUCAGCUAACUUGGUUUGUGUUGUUUAGCUCUUUCAAAAUGUAAAGUAGGCUGGUCACUCUGAAGUGAGGGACAGAACCAUUUUAGGAGAUGGUAGCUUGCUGACGGGCUGUGUGUCAGCCUCUGCUGGGUGGCAGAAAGUCAUUUGGUGGUGGUUCCAAAGAAGAUAUUUUGAACAAAGAAUGUAUUGGGGAAGGGAUCUGAAAGGUGUUCUUGUUUCUUCGUUUGCUUUUUU